AUGAUCCUAAAAAAGAAAGAUAAGACUAUUGUACGGCAUAGCCGACGUAAUUCAAAUUCCACUAUUGAUCUUGAUAGGGUCGAUGACGGUUUGUUUGGUGUUGUGCUUAAUGUUCCGGUUAGACGGUAUGCUUGGGCUUUGAAGAGUAGGCAUUGGAUUGCUAUGAGAAAGAUUGGUGAGGUUUGGUAUAACUUGGAUAGUGAUCUUUCCGAUCCUAGGAUCUUUAAAGACACCGAAGAUGUUAAGAGAUUUUUGGAUUUUGUUACAAGUCAUGGUGGGGAGGUUUUGCUUGUCAUGAACAAGAAAGAGUAA